AUGGACAGGUCGACCCUCAACAAGGCCACCAGCUCAGAUGACGUGCCCACCCCGGGCUAUUUGUUCACUGAGAUAGCCAAGGCCACCUUCGACGAUGUGAACGCGUGCCAGCAGCUUGCGGAUUACCUGCUCAAGAAGCUCGAGCGGGACGACCCGCUCGUGAAAGUGAAGGUUCUGCGCAUCAUCCGGCACGUCUGCGACCAGGGGAAGCCGGAGUUUCGCCGGGCAGUGCAGAAGAGGGCUGACUUGGUCAAGGCGUGCCUGCAGUACCGAGGCAAACCUGAUCCGUUGAAGGGCGACGCCCCGAACAAAGCGGUCCGGGACGAGGCCGACACCGCCGUGAAGUCCGUGUUCAGCUCCGACAGCAACACGAACGCGUACGGCAUGGCCCAGGGGGCCGGGCCGAAGAUGCAGGGCUUCGGCAGCGACUCAGCUGAUGGUGGCGCAGGCUGUGAUCGCGCCCCUUUUUCUUCGAUAUUGGCUGGCAUGCCGCUCGAAGUCUGCUUGUGCAUAGCCCAUUCACGUGUAUGA